AUGCAACGGAAAUCAUUCCACAAAAUAUGGAUCCAGUCUAUUAUUGCAUAUGAAAAAGCUCAUCCCUCCGGAAGCCUUAAACAACAUAGUAAGCGUGAUUCUCAGGACGACAGAUUGGAUAUCCACACGGAUGUGCGCAUAGACUCAACUCUGAUACAAUCGCAUCAAGCGCUAUCAGCCCCCAGUGGUCUUUCCUUCCUUAAAGGAUCGAAGAUGGAGCAUCAAUCGAACGCAAUUGUCCCCAAAGAAAUUGAACCAGUAGUUGUUGUGAUACUGUCGUCGACGUCCAAAACACGUGAAACCACGCUAAAACGCGUGAAAUUUUCACCCCCUUCAUCAAUGACGGGGACCACUCAAUCGAACUUCCCAAAAGUGAUCUUAGGCACUCCAUGCCAAGUGAACCACACUGAACAAACCCAUGAAAGAAGCAAUAGCCCGCCAUUCAUCCUCUCCAGUCCUACCCCCUCCCAACCCUUCAACUUUCAAACCCAGUGCAAUACCUUGAGCUCUGAUGAUCCAUUCAAAUCACCAAUCAAUCGCCCAACGCUCCAAUUCAAUAAUAAACGAAGACAACCACCCAGCCACUCAGAACCCCAUAUCAACUCACCAAAAGAAGCUAUCCAAAAAGCUAGAAGUCUACUCAUUCUAGCUGCCUCCCUAGAAGAGGAUAUCGAAGAACAAUCGAAAGUCCUAGACUUAAUCGAAAUAUUUCGUGAAUAUCUUGAAAAAGGAAAACUUACAAAAGCCUCAAAUAUCAUCACAUCACAAAUCUCCCAUCUAGAAAAUGCUACCAAACGGAUCGAAAAGCAAGCCAACCACCUUUCAAACCUUCCCAAUCAUACAAUCCCCCCUACAAUAAACACCCCUGGAACCAAAGCCAACUAUGCCACUAUCACCAAAACCUCAGGAGAAUGGAACCUAGUUACAAAGGGAAAACCCACAAAACAGAAAACUACAGAACAAAAGGAAGAAGCCCCAAGCAAACGAUUAAUCCUCAUCAAAUCCCUUAUUUAUCAACCACACUCUUUUACAUCAUUAAAUACAAGGAACAAAGUCAACGAAGCCUUCAAGAAAGCAGGAAUCAAUGGACCAAUCAUCUCAGCUAUCACUACUACAAGGAGCGGCAAUUUUAUACUAACCACUAAUAGCCCUUUCAAUGCACAAUUCCUGAUGGAAAAGAAGGAAAUCUGGGACAAAAUCUGUUGA